AUGGAGAACGUGGACAUCGGCAGCGUUUUGAAUAUUUUGAAUAAUGAAGAAGAAAUAAUAAUCAAACCUUUUCAAUCUGCGUCUGGAAACGACGUCGGAGCAAUUGAAUGUGGAAGAAUUGUUUCGCGAUUAAAUAAAACACUAUUCGAUUAUCAAAUAGGAGAUAAAACGAAUACAUCCGUAUUCAGUUCAGUCUUCACUCAACGAAUUAUCCUGACGAUUCCAGGAACGAAACAAGCUGUCUUGGAAUUCUAUCAGAAUUGUUUGCCACAUUUCUGUCAAAUCUGUUGUAAACAAGAAGUGCAAUGUAUAUCAUCGGUAUCUAACGAAAGUUUUGCGAUCGGAUCAGUUCGGCAAGGGUAUGUUUAA